UGUAGAUGAUUACCUAUUGUGUGUAGUUAGCUAGCUAGCUGUACACUGAAGAAGAUGGCAUCCUCUGAACAGCCUGAACACCAAAUACAGAAUGGCUCAUCCAUCAGAGAGGACGCCCCUACGCGGGAAGCAUUGAUUGCAACAGCAGUUAAAUUUUUGCAGAACCAGAAAGUUCGUCAGAGUCCCGUGGCCACCCGAAAAGCUUUCUUGAAGAAGAAAGGUCUAACGGAUGAAGAGGUGGAAGUGGCCAUCCAGCGCUCAGGCUUCACGGAGGAGCCGCUGGCCCUGGUCCCCUCCCCCCUGGGCCCCCCCCACGUCCUGCACCCCUCCCAGCUGGUCCCCAUACCACACAGUGCUCCAGGCUACAGAUGGAGAGACUACGGGGCCCUGGCCAUCAUCAUGGCUGGCAUGGCCUUUGGCUUCCAUCACCUGUACCGGAAGUACAUCCUUCCCCUCAUUAUGGGCAGCCGCGAGGACAAGAAGCAGCUGCAGCGCAUGGAGGCCAGCAUGGCGGAGAUGAGUGGCACGCUGACACAGACAGUCACCCAGCUGCAGAUGACCCUGGCCUCAGUACAGGAGCUGCUGGUGCAGCAGCAACAGAAGAUCCAGGAGCUGUCUAAUGAGAUGACCACCUGUCAGGCCUCCUCCACCACUAACCGCAUGCUGGAGUCCCAGACCAUUAGCGAGCUGAAGUCCGAGAUAGUAUCCCUCAAAGGCCUUCUCCUGAGCAGGAGACAGUUCCCAGCGUCCCCGUCAGUCCCGAAGAUCCCCUCCUGGCAGAUCCCGCUGAAGCAGGCCUCCAUGUCCAACCCGACGUCGGCCAACCACACCAACAGCAGCAGCGACAUCUCCCCCGUCAGCAACGAGUCUGCCGGCUCCUCCCCGGUCAAAGACCCCCACAGCUCUCUGCCCACCCCCUCGGGCUCCCACGCCCUCAACGGGGAGCCCGGCCUGGGCGCCAUGCUCCCGCUGGACCUCAAGGACCAGGUCCGCAUGGAGGUGCAGGGUGAGGAGGAGAAGAGGGAGGAGGAGGAGGAAGAGGAGGAGGAGGAUGAUGAAGAGGAGGAGGACGAUGUUACCCGGGCCGACGAAGAGGAGAGCCUGAACGUGCAGACAGAGGACAGGAGGGGAGGGGACGGACAGUUCCACGAGCAGGUGGACAAGCUCCGGCGCCCGGAGGGAGCCAGCAACGAGAGCGAGGGCUGAGGAGAGCAGCGGCUGGCGGCUCCGCUGCGUCCCGGCGGUCUCCAGCAGGGCGGGCUGAUUUGGUUUAUGAAGUCUGUUAAUAAUCAAAUGAUCAACAAAUAACAGAUGUAUUAGUUCAUGCAGCUUGAAAUGUCAAGGAGGCUCAAAUCGGAAAUCUAAUACCGAAAGCCUGUUAUAUGAUAUUAUAUUACACGACAAACCCUCCAGUCCAAAUUAUAUGGGCCUCCCACAGUGAAUAAUCUUAACAUGAAACAGUGCUGGGGUUUCGUAAUUAAACCGUGUAAAACAAUGGAUGUUUGCUGUGGCAGAGCUGACAGUUCUGCUUUUCCUCGCACUCGGAUUUGGGCCUCGUAAAGGAGUUCAGGAGGGGUAGGCGUGGGGGUUGACACCCCCUGAUGUAAAUGAAGGCUAACGUAUGAAUACUUAACUAACCCAAUUACUCCCCCCCCCCCCCCUCAGCAGAUGAUGAACAGAAAGAAAAGAAGGAAAGAGUGAAGGAGAGGAAAGGUGAAGAGAGAGUGUGUGAGAGAGAGAGAGAGAAAGAGAGAGAGAGUGAGUGAGAAAGCUCCACAAGUAGGAAUUGGCGUGUAGGCCCUGUUGUGGCAUUUUCACUUUUAACAAAUGGCCUUCAAAGUAACACGAUUAGGACAGAGACAGGUGAAGCUUCAUCCCACACAGCCCCUCUCCCACUCUCUCUCUCUCUUUCUCUCUGUCUCUCUCUCUCUCAGACCCAUUGUCACGGUGACGAGGAUAAAGCCAUGCACGCUCACGACAUACAGUAAUGCCAGCGAAAGUUGUUUUAAUUUUCUAAUGGAUUGUUAUUGAUCCGAAAUAGUAAAAGAUUAUGAAGCGACCAAGGUAAAUCAUUUUGACUGAGACGUAGGUGGGGGACCACAAUGACUCGAGAGGGGUGUAAAGAUCCAGCCAUCACUCUUACCCCCGAAUGGAGGGAGACUGAGAGAACUGUGUGUUUGUGUGUGUGUGUGUGUGUGUGUGUGUGUGUGUGUGUGUGUGUGAGAGAGAGAGACUGUGCGUAAGUGAGUGAG